UAUGCAUCCAAGAAGUAGCUCCACAGAUGUCUUUGCCAGAACUCUGAAUCCAGAGCCAUUGGAAGGAGGAGCUGUCUUUAAGACUCAAAGAGUUGGCACGAAGCCUACUACAAGAACUUAUAUAGGACAAGCGCCGAUUCUUGGCUAUGCUGAUAUCGUUAAUGAAGAGAACAGGGUGUACCCUUUCUUCAAAAAGGAUGAGAAAGUGCCUAUAAUAGAUACUCAUGUCAAUAGCUAUGACCCAUACCAUGUGCCGGUGCCUGGUGCAUAUGCGCCUUGGACUCCUCACCCUGGCUAUGGGUGCCCGUCUCAGAUAGGUCAUGCUCCGUACCACUAUCCUGGCUGAAACUGCCCUUCAUGCUCAUCAAGUGGGACUCUUAAACUGAUGGAGACCAAGCUUGAAGGGCUUAAGAAAAGGAAUUCCUUAAUAAACGAGAAAAUCGAAAAGGCCAAAGAAGCCAGAAUGAAGCAAGCCAACGAAAAUGAAAUCAAGAAAUUAGAAUUAUUAAAAGAGAAAAUCAAGCGAGAUAAAGAAAGACGAGCAGAGCUCCAAGCCAAGAAAGACAAGAUUUUCAGUGAAGAUGAUAUGGCUCUAAUGCAACAAAUGCAACUACAACAGAAGGGACUUCAUAAAUUGAUCCAAGAAUUUCGGGAAAGUAAUGCUGACAAAUUACUUGACGAGAACCAGCAGCUACAAGAUCGGCUUUACAGACUCGAGAUGGAAGACAGGAGUAUUAAUGACCGGGGCUAUAUGACUAUGCCAGAACCGAAAGAGAUCCACAAGAAACUUAGAAAGAAGAAGAAUUCUACAAUAGUCUAUGCUAACAAUGGCAAAAAGGUUAAGAAAGAUAAAGAAUUUUGGAAAAGCCAUAAGCCUCAUUACCAAAGCAUGCCUCAGAUUCAUUAUGAUCCAGGGUAUGAUGCGAUGCUUGGGUCUCAAAUGGGACGAGGUAUGCCUCCUCAGGCGAACCGUGGCUCUGACAGAUACACAGAGUAUGUCAAUGCUGAUGAAUAUAACAACCCCAAACAUGGUAACAAAAUGUCUAAAGAUCAAGGAGGGAACUAUUUUCUGCCUCCUAUUCCUAAUACAGCCAGGAUGAACAACAUGCUUAAAAGCUAUGCCGGGCCUGGCGGAAGAAUGCUUGACUAA